UGUCUUCAUCUCUCCAUCUCUGCGCUGCUGCCGGCUGCGCAAUCCGUGCACCCAGGCUCCAGCCUCAGCCAGAGACCCCAGACUUGAGCUGCAGGGACCGUCCUAGCGAGAAACCGCUGGCAUGUCAUCUGAAAAGUCAGGCCUCCCAGACUCAGUCCCUCACACCUCUCCACCACCUUACAAUGCCCCCCAGCCCCCCGCCGAACCUCCCGCCCCACCCCCACAGGCAGCCCCCUCCUCGCACCAUCACCACCACCACCAUUACCACCAGUCUGGCACCGCCACCCUCCCGCGCUUAGGGGCAGGUGGCCUGGCUUCUUCCGCUGCCACUGCUCAGCGCGGUCCCUCCUCCUCCGCCACGCUGCCGAGGCCCCCCCACCAUGCUCCCCCUGGUCCAGCUGCUGGGGGACCCCCACCUGGCUGCGCUACCUUGCCCCGCAUGCCACCCGACCCUUACCUACAGGAGACUCGCUUCGAGGGCCCACUGCCCCCGCCGCCGCCCGCCGCCGCCCCGCCCCCACCGGCGCCCUCCCAUACUGCCCAGGCCCCAGGCUUCGUGGUGCCCACGCACACGGGGGCGGUAGGUACGCUGCCUCUGGGGGGCUACGUAGCCCCGGGCUACCCCUUGCAGCUACAGCCUUGCACUGCCUACGUGCCAGUCUACCCGGUGGGCACGCCCUAUGCAGGCGGGACCCCGGGGGGAACGGGAGUAACCUCCACGCUCCCCCCGCCGCCCCAGGGCCCAGGGCUGGCACUGCUGGAACCGAGGCGCCCGCCGCACGACUACAUGCCCAUCGCCGUGCUGACCACCAUCUGCUGCUUCUGGCCUACGGGCAUCAUCGCCAUCUUCAAGGCCGUGCAGGUGCGCACGGCCUUGGCCCGCGGAGACAUGGUGUCUGCGGAGAUUGCUUCACGGGAGGCUCGGAACUUCUCUUUCAUCUCCCUGGCGGUGGGCAUUGCAGCCAUGGUGCUCUGUACCAUCCUCACCGUAGUCAUCAUCAUUGCCGCGCAGCACCACGAGAAUUACUGGGAUCCGUAAGGACGCCCCCAGCCUGGCCCCCCCCUACGCCCCUCGACCUCCCAAGCGCGUUCUGCGGUCACGCCGCGGGUCCCAAGGGCGCCGUGCUUUCCCGCCUCUGGGGCGACCGACUUCAGUACACCCUAAACUCAGCCUCCACGGAACCACUCGCCUUGCGGGCACUCGGAAUCCAGGUCCCCAGGAACCCGGCCAAAGCCCACACCCCCAGGGACGCCGCUUUCAGAGCUCCCCGCCUAGCACCGGACCCUCAGUCGCUCCAGGCUCCCACCCUCUGUAAAUGCAGCGCCCCCAGCCGAGCUCCCCGGGUCUCUGUAGCUCCCCAGCCUGCAGACCGGUCCCCUAAUCCCAUCCCUGUAGGCUCCUCCCCGGCUCUGACAAAACCCCGCCUCCUGGCCGGCAGGCUCCGCCUUCUUUUCUUCCUAGCGGGGUGACUCAGUCUGGCGACUGGGUUCGUAGCGCCCAGGCCUCGCCCCCAGACCGACAGACUCCUCCCCUCUCCCGGCUCUGCGACGGAGCCCCCAAACUCACUCCUGUUUUCGUUUUUAGCACUGUCUGGUCUCUUCUCCACCACUGGCUUCCCCUAUUUUCUUGCUAAUCCAGAAUCUCUACUUUUGGUUAUUCUGGAAUGAGAUUGGAGACGUUCCCAGGUCACUGCACCCUGGGAGGAAGACCGCGUUCCGGUUCUCUGUAAAUACUCCCACCCACCCCAGCCCCUGGCGGCAGGGCAGAAGGGAAACCGGGAGACAGACCCCCGAUGUCAGGAGGAAGCCGUCCCGCCCCCGCUCCCCUCGGCAGUCCCAACUUGUUUUGGUCUGUGUGUGAGUGUGUGUGUGAUUUCUGAAAGACAAAAUUAAAGAGACUAAGUGCAUUUAUCACCCCAAUUUCGAAGACUGCAGCCUUGUAAAGACCCAGCUCUUUUGGCUCCCCCUUUUCUCCUUCCCUAAUUUCCCCUCCUAUGGGGGAAAAAAUACAACGCCGACAGAGACAAAAGUGGGAGCAAGCAGAUUCCCAGGAGAACAGAGAGACAAAUAUG